AUUCUGUUUUGUUCCAGAUGAAAUGGCGAGUGGCCGGCGGCGUAGGCAUGCCACUUGCUGCGGCUAUUUUCUGCAUGCUGCCUCUCUUCACAUCCUCCACGGGCGAUAUCCGUCACCACGGUACAUCCCGUGCGAGGGGUUGGCGAGGUGGGGUACAGCCCAGCGCUGACGUCACAGCCAACAACUCCAUUAGUAACAUCACUGCCCAGCUGGGAGGUACAGCAUAUUUGCACUGCCUCGUGGGACACUUGAGCGAACGAGGCCAAGUCUCAUGGAUCAGAAAAAGGGAUUGGCACAUACUGAGCUCUGGGAAGUUCACAUACACGAACGACGAACGAUUCCAGGUGUUACACGGCGAGGGCUCAGAAGACUGGACGCUACAAAUCAAGUUCGUGCAGAAAAGAGACAAUGGAACUUACGAGUGCCAGGUGUCCACGCGAACCGGCAUUGUUUCCCAUUACGUCCGCCUCCAGAUCGUGGUACCUGAAGCCUUCAUACUGGGCUCUGGAGAGCACCACGUGGACCUGGGCAGCGUCAUACACCUCAUCUGUAUCGUGGAGAAGAGCCCAACCCCUCCUCAGUACGUUUUCUGGUACCACAACGAGCGCAUGAUCAAUUACGACGCGACCCGCGGCGGCAUUACUGUGGAGACGGAGCCGGGCGCGCGCACCCAGUCGCGGCUCACUGUUCGCGGCGCCACGCUAAAAGACUCUGGCAACUACACAUGCAGCGCGAGCAAUACCGAACCUGCUUCCAUACACGUAUUCGUGUCAGAGGGCAGUAACAAAAUGGCGGCGAUCCUGCGGCGCAACACUAGCGCCAUACACGGGAUCACGUCCAGCGCCUACUGCCUGCUGUUGUUCGCGUCUGUAGUGAUGCACUUCGGUCUGCGAUGACGGUGGGGUUAAGGAAAUGGCGGCUGGCUUAGCUAAAAUGGCGCGAAGUGAACGGCGGGAAAACUGUUUGGAAUUUCGAAACACCAGUUUCUUUUUCUGUAUUUCGAUAGUUUAGAAGUUACUAGAGGCCAUUUUUUUGUGAGGUACCCGCACUUUCCACCCGAGUUCUAUGGAUUCAACUACCUAAUACCCUAUCGAGAGAUUUUUUCUUCCUUGGCGGGAACAAAUGCAUCAAGCACUGCAAGCAAUUUCAAAAAACUGUAAUGCUCAUGGUAAUUCCUGCACGGUACAUUCGAUCCUCUGGUGUAGACUGCAACUAUUUUCUUUGCGCUUGUACUCUUAUAAUUAAUUUUCAAUAUAUCGUGUUCGUGAUCCUUCUCUAACUUAUUAUUUUAUUACUUAAUAAUCAC